GGAAGGGGAAUGGGAUAGACAGUCUCAAGUGUCUGGUCUGGUAGUUUUCUUCUCCGGAUGGUUGGCUUUUUUUAUUUUAUCCUCCUUUCCUUUCCUUCUUCCAUUUCCAUCCCUUCCCUUUUCUCUUUGAUCAGUUUCUGUGGAGCGGAGUGGACAACGCUUUCUCUCUCCCGACUCUCCCACCCGAAAAAGAAACGCACAAUCACAGAGAGGGAGAGGGGAACAAAAAAUUAAAACGGAAAAAAAAAACUGCCUCCUCUCUCUUUUUCCCCCAACUUUCUCUCUCUAAUUUAUUUCCUCCUCUGUUGCACUGCGGGAAUUUGGUGCUGCUGCUCUCUCUCUCUUCCUUCCUCCCCCACUCACCGAAUCUCUGUGCGCCUGUCUCUCGCUCCGAUUGUUUGUCGGAGGGGCGGAAGAAGAAGAAGAAGAAUAACGGUUGAGGAUUUUGAUUGAGGGAGGGGAGAGAAGAGAGAGAGGGGGGAAGGGAAUGGGGGUUCCGGCGGGGAGAGUCGACGCGCUUCUUUGUUGAUUUUGUUUUUUUCAUGGAGGGAGGAGAUCGCCGCGGUUUCGCUUCUUCUACGAUAUGGAAUUUGACGCCGGAAUUCCGAUGUCCCGAGCUGUCGUCGUCGCUCCUCCGUCUUCGUCGGUUGUGACCGCCGAAGGAACUUCUCUCUCGCCGUCCUUGAACGAAGAUUCAAUGUGGCAAGUUAACUUGAGAUCUAGUGAAGCAAUGGAAGCCGGGCCAUAUCCUGAACGCCCUGGCGAGCCGGAUUGUUCCUAUUAUAUAAGAACUGGUCUCUGUAGAUUUGGGGCCACUUGCCGAUUUAACCAUCCUCCUAACAGAAAGCUGGCUAUUGCUGCAGCAAGGAUGAAAGGUGAAUUUCCAGAAAGGAUCGGACAGCCUGAGUGUCAGUACUAUCUGAAGACUGGAACUUGCAAAUUUGGAGCAACAUGCAAGUUUCAUCAUCCUAAAGACAAGGCUGGGAUAGCCGGAAGAGUUUCCUUGAAUAUUCUCGGCUUCCCACUUCGACCAAAUGAGAUUGAGUGUGCUUACUAUUUAAGAACGGGUCAAUGCAAGUUUGGGAGCACAUGUAAAUUUCAUCAUCCUCAACCGAGUAAUUUAAUGCUUCCGUUACGGGGUUCUCCUAUAUAUCCUACUGUUCAAUCUCCAACAAAUCCUGGCCAGCAAUCCUACCCAGCUGGACUUACAAACUGGUCAAGGGCGUCCUAUAUUACCAGCCCACGCUGGCAAGCUCCUUCCAGUUACACACCCUUAAUCGUACCCCAGGGAGUUGUUUCUGUUCCCGGUUGGAACUCAUAUAGUGGUCAGGUGGGUUCAGUUUCAUCACCUGAUAGCCAGCAACAAAGUGGAAAUAGUCAGAUAUACGGUAACUCCCUCCAGAAUGAGACGACGAGUACCGACCCAUACCGUUCUGGUUCAGUCUCUGUUGGAUUUUAUGCAUUGCAGGGGGACAAUGUGUUUCCCGAGAGACCUGGACAACCUGAAUGCCAGUAUUAUAUGAAGACCGGUGACUGUAAGUUUGGUGCAGUUUGUAGAUUUCAUCACCCAAGAGAAAGACUCAUCCCUGCUCCAGACUGUGUAUUGAGCCCUAUAGGCCUCCCCUUACGUCCGGGAGAGCCGCUGUGUAUCUUCUACUCCCGAUACGGGAUUUGCAAGUUCGGUCCGAGCUGCAAGUUCGACCACCCCAUGGGAAUCUUCACAUACAAUCUCUCAGCAUCAUCAUCUUCUGCUGUUGAUGCCCCGGUUCGACGCUACCUGGGGUCAUCUUCAGGACCGGCUUCACUAGCUCUAUCCCCGGAAGGUCUCGUGGAAGCUACAGCGAACUCCGGAAUGCAGAGGAGACUCUCAUUGUCAGAGCCGAGACAGAUGACUUCUUCCGGUGACGAUCAUAACAUUGAUGCAGAGGGAUGAUUGAGACUGCCUCCCCGCUGCGGAGCAUCGUUAUAAGCAGCUCUGGAAUACUGCAGAUGGCGAACAAACAAGCUUGCCUGCUUUGACUGUAAAAAAAAAAGAAAAAGAAAUUCAUUCCCUUGGGGUCUGUUGGAGAUGUACAGAGUUCCAUCCAUUGCCACCAGUUGAUAAUGCCAAAUAUUCAGAAGAAAAUGAUUCAACUCUCUCCCAAUUUCUCAUACUCUGUUGCACUGUAUAAAAACAACAACAAUCUGCAAAAUAUUGUUACGUUUUGGUUAAAAAGCCAAGACGUGACACAUGUUGCGAGUUGUCUCAAUACGAUAAUCGAUCCCUCUUCUGAUUUCUUAUGGUUCCAUUUUUCUGCUGAUAAGAGUAUUGAUAGUAUAACACAUCCUGUUAAUACUAAUCAUCUGAUGGUAUUGAUAGUAACUAGAUAAUUGAUUGCCCCAUGCUUCGCAGCGGAUUGUUUCUAAAGAUCGAACUAACCUUUUUAAAGUUUUUUAGCCUUUGGAAUGCUAAAUAAGUUGGGAUUGGAUUAAUCGGUUACGAAAAUAUAGAUCGUG